AUAAAAAGAAAUUUCUGAGAAGGUCAACAUGUAAAAAAAUGGUGUAUAAAUCUUGACUGUGCUUGACGUUUUGUGGGAAGAAAGUGAAGGAUGUUGCUUGGAAUUACUAAAUCUGAUAGCAACAGUGUAAUGGCCCUCUGGUGAAGUAAAUGUGGAUUUUUUUUUACCUGUGAUAUAUUCUCACUUUUUUUUGGACUGUCUAGUGUUUGUUCUGUAGGACAUACGGUACUGGAAGUCAGGAUUAAGGAUUAAGCGGGUGAUUUGUCAGAUAUCUUUGUUGGCGAGAUGUCUAGGCGUUUCCGAACAUCUAGCGGAUCUUACAAUGUACGCGCCAAUGAGGUAGCACGAGAACAGCAGGAGCGCAAGAUGCGCUGUAUAAUAACAUUCUUGGAUGAUACGGAACAUACGUUUGAGAUUGAGAGGCGCGCCAAAGGACAGUUUCUCCUGGAAGAAGCAUUCCGAUACUUAGAUCUGAUAGAGUGUGAUUAUUUUGGGUUGAAAUUUAUAGACAGCGAUAACACAUUAGAUAACAAAAGAUGGUUAGACCCAACAAAGUCAAUUAGAAAACAAGUUAAAGGGCCAAUGUACUUUUAUUUUCGAGUGAAAUUUUUUGUAUCGGAUCCAAGUAAAUUACAAGAGGAGUACACACGGUAUCAAUUUGUGCUCCAGCUUCGCAAAGAUCUCCUUGAAGGAAGGAUAAUCUGUUCAUUUAAUAUUGGGACUCUGUUAGCAUCUUUUAUAGUACAAGCUGAAUUAGGUGAUUAUGAUCCGAACGAACAUCCAACUGGAUAUGUGUCGGCAUUUAGGUUUAUUCCAGGGCAAGGACAGACGGAAAAAUUCAACAAGGAAGUGGAACGACUACACAAAACACACUAUGGACAGUCACCAGCUGACUCGGAGUACAAUUUUCUAAAUAAAGUGAAAAAUUUAGAACUUUAUGGUGUAGAUCUCCACUAUGCCAAGGUAAUGGAUCAUUCUGGGAUAGAAAUUCAAAUUGGAAUAACAGCCUCUGGAAUCAUUGUGUUUCAAAACAGCACAAAGAUUAACACGUUUUCUUGGGCGAAAAUUGUCAAAAUUUCCUUCAAGCGCAAGCAGUUCUUCAUUCAAUUACGAAGAGAAGUCGGAGAAACCCGUGACUCAUUAAUUGGAUUUAAUCUGGGAUCGUACCGUAGUUGCAAGAACCUUUGGAAAUCGUGUGUGGAACACCACACGUUUUUUAGGCUGGCGGAACCGCAGCCCACACAAAAGAAACGUGUCAUGUUUCAACUAGGCUCAAAAUUCAGGUACAGAGAGGUAUCAGGAGAGCCUAUGUUUGAGCAAGGGCCCCUUGGACCCAGAUUCCGCUAUAGUGGCAGAACCGAGCUACAAACGAUGGAGGAUGCUAAGAAGAGGCUAGCAAAUAAAGAUCGAGAAUUUCACAGGUCACCAAGUAAAAAGGUAAUUAGAAGAACAAUUGGAGGAUCGACGACAGAGGUUAUUCGGUCGGAGAGUAGAACAUUACCAGCAUACAUACCAUCUAAUCACAGGCCUGAAGUUGAAAAUCAGAGGAAUAGUCGUUUCUUUAGUUUUGAUGGUAAAAUACCAUCAUCUCCUCAUGAAAAGUCAAAAAUAAAUGGUUUCUCUAAAAAGCAUCGGUUAAGUGGAAGUUCGCCAGAUAUUUUGUUCAUUGAUGAUGGUAGCAGCCCAUCAACUGUUAAUGGGAAGUCUUACGAUUUGGCAACUGGCAAUUAUGGUCUGACAAAUGGAGUAAACUCAGCGAAUCUUGUGACAAUACGCAUGGUACCAGAUAAUCAGGGACGAUUUGGAUUUAACGUAAAGGGUGGUUCAGAUCAUAACAGUCCGGUUAUCGUUUCACGGGUAGCGCCAAACACGCCGGCUGAUCUUUGUAUUCCUCGUUUAAAUGAAGGAGAUCAAAUAUUAUUCUUGAAUGACUUAGAUGUAAGUAAAGUCUCCCACGAGAAAGUAGUUGCAAAAAUUCGAGCCAUGGGGGUGGCCAUGUCAAAAGAAUUGGUGCUCACUGUUCGCCCAAAUGUGUAUGUUGGUGCUGAAGAGGAGGAAGAAGAGCCACUAUUCCAGUAUAUACCAGAGAGUCCCAGGGUGGCGAACCUUCCAGAUCUAGACGUGCUUGCAGAGUCCAUUAUGCUGCUACGAGAGGGUCUAGAAAGUGGGACAGCAUUGAUCCAAUUUGAGCAAUUAUAUCGUAAAAAACCAGGGAUGACAAUGAACAUUUGUCGACAUCCGGACAACAUCGUUAAAAAUAGAUACAGAGAUAUUGCUCCAUAUGAUGCCACAAGGAUAUUAUUAAAAGAAAUAGAAUCAGGGGACUACAUAAAUGCCAAUGCUAUUAAUAUGGAAAUUUCUAAAACUGGUUUAGUGAACCGGUAUAUAGCAGCUCAAGGACCGCUGCCAAAUACGUGCGGGGAUUUUUGGUACAUGGUGUGGGAGCAAGAUUGUAGUUUAAUUGUUAUGCUUACAGCAAAUGUAGAAAGAGGAAGGGUUAAAUGUCACAAAUAUUGGCCAGAAUUAGGUCAUCAUAUGACGUACUCACCCCAUAUAGAGGUCACCUGCACACGUUGUGACGAGAGCGCCUCAUUUGCUAAUAGGGAUUUCAUCAUAACCAAUACGAAGACAAACGAAUCAAGGAAUGUUGUCCAGAUGCAAUACAUAGCGUGGCCAGAUCACGGUGUUCCCGAUGAUUCUUCUGAUUUCUUAGAUUUUGUCUUGAGGGUUCGGCAGCAUAGGGUUGGCAUGGAUGCACCAACUGUUGUACACUGCAGUGCUGGCAUUGGUCGAACAGGGGUACUGAUUACCAUGGAAACAGCUAUGUGUCUCAUAGAAGCCAACGAGCCAGUUUAUCCUCUGGAUAUAGUGAAGACCAUGCGAGAUCAACGAGCCAUGCUAAUACAAACCACAGCCCAGUAUCGUUUUGUUUGUGAUGCAAUUGUUCGAGUUUACUUUGAUGAAAUCAUUCGGCCUGUUUCCAGAAGCAUCAGCAAUUCCAGUUAAUACAUCUUACGAACACUCAAAGCACCUGAAGUUGAUUUGUCUGAUUAAGUAUAAACCUUUACAGGAUGUGUUGCAAUAUCUUGAAUUCUGCAACUCACAGACAGACAUAGCAGGCAAAUUGCAGUGACAAAUUUAAACAUUCAACAGCUAGGUUGACAAAACAAUCAGGAUAUAAAAAAAGCAAACUGAAAUAGAGGGAGAUUUAAGAGCUGGCCUACUUUUAAAUUUCUAUAAAAGGAUCUUGUUGUUCAAGCUCGUUCAGAAGUCUUUUUGAUACUUGCUUUUUAUUUCUGUUGCCGUUCGAUCUUUCAAUGUUGAUAAUGUCUUGAACUCCGAUGGAUUUACGUUGAUGAACAUCUCAGCAAAAUUGAUUUUGGCGUAUGUUGGACAGGUAAUCACGGUUUGAUAAGCCUGAAAGUAACUGCUUAGUAUUGCAGGCAUAAUGCCCUGGACUGCGGUGGCCUAUAAACGCUAUAGUUCCUGGCCUAAUCUCAGAAAAGAACAAUAUCCUGGUUUGAUGCACACUGUAGUGACUGAUUCAUCUUGCUUUAUUUUCCUAUUAUUAACUUAUCUUUUUGUGUUGUAUUUUUUUUUUUUGAGUGAAUAAAUUUUAAUUAAUUGAAUCACAUUUUAUGUAAACAGAUUUAUUAAAUGAGAUAUUAUUCUGAGAAAUUCUUGCUUUCUCGCAUUUUUACAAGACACAACGAUAAAUUUUCUAGAGAAUGAAUUAAGUAUUUAAAUUUAGUAACACAAAAGGAUAUGAACCUAAACAUGGCUAUCAAAUUUUGUAUAGAACUGUAAAUUUACAUGUACAGUCUUCAGAAAAGUUUCAAAAUAAAGUUAAUUAGUUUUUGUAUUUUAAUUAUUUAGAUGGAAUUCUAUCAUAUAACAUUUUAUCAUUAACUUUUUUCUUGUAUCCCUUUCUCAGUCAAUUAGUUUCAUUAAGCUAAUAAUUAUUUUAUAUAUCUCUGCAUUAGUGCUUUUUAUAUUUAUAGUUAUUUUCUGCUUCUUACAUAUUUCAUACUUUUUAAAAUGUAAUGUUCUUGAAAAUGUUAUUUUUAAAUAUUUUUUCCGUCCCAAUUUACACAGAAUCAUAAUAUUUUGUGUGUGCGUAAAAAUAGUACAUUUCUAAUUGUCUGUUACUGAAGGAGAACUACGAGAAUACUUUAGGAAAUAUUUUUUUUGCUAUCAAUUUUAUUAUUAAUAUUAUAAGGUCAUUGUUCUAUAAACUAAAAAAAGAUAUUUUAUUUCAGAGUGUUAGUAUAUUAUAACUUUGUAAACUCAGCAAAGUAUAUGUUACUUCAACUGAUUGUGAUUAUGAUAAAUGCCAAAAGAAAAUCAUGUUUUUUGUCUUGGUAUGAAAAAGAGUAGUAUGAUGCCCCAUUUCUGUAUAUGCAAUCCUGGUUCGGGCAAACAUUUUUUACACUCGCAAUUUCCUCUUCAACGUUCAAAAUUUAUAUAUAUAGCUACAGUUAAACAUGCUUAAGACUUUUUACCUAACUAAAAUAAUUUCAACUCGAAUUUAUUUUACAUGCAAAACCAUUAAUUAAGAAUCUGUAAGUCAAAUUUUAUCUAAGUCAAAAUAUUUUUCAAUGUCAUUUUGGAUUUGGCUUAGGCAUGUUCAACUGUAUAGCAUUACCUCAAGUCAGUUGAGUUUUUCUCUAUAAUGUACCAUGAUAUACACCAUAGUUUCUUGGGUAUAACUAGUCCACAACCCUUAAAAUUCUUUUUUAUUUUUUAUUUGGAAACUUAUUUACCCAGGAUAAUUUUCAGGCAAAUACCUGUUUUUAGCAAUGGUCCUGCACAAUAAUUACAAUAAAAAUAAGUGCAAAAUGACCACAUAUACAAUACAGUUAGGGUAAUACAGAAAAACAUUAGAUUUUAAAAAGUCACAUAUCAAACAAACUUCAUAAAUACAUUAUUUUACAAUAAAAAUGGUAAAACUAUCAACAAAGCAUACAUUUCAUUUAAUUUCAAUUUAAACAAUGUUACUAAACAGUAAAAUAAUUAAACGAUUGAAACCGAAACGAUACUAAAAUGAAAGUGGGUCGAGUUUAUGGGUGGGCAUGAGGUGUAUACCCGGGGAAUGUCCAUCAAAAAACCUAAAAUUAUAGGGAUUGGCCAAUCAAUAGGCAAAUUUUCAAUGCAACUAAAGUGUUUUUAAAAACUCAGCUGAGCUACUGAUUCAAAUCAUACCAGAGAAAACACUGGUACCAGGCGCGUAUCCAGUAGGGGAAAGGUCCCCUACCCCCAUCUCCGUUUUGCCACUAAAUUUUAAAAUUUCAUGCAUAUAUUGAAAUUAGCGUACCUCGCUUGUCUGUUCUGUAAAUGUUGUGCUCCACAUUUUGAAAAAUUCUGGAUCUGCCCCUGGGUAUGUAAAUUAGGAUCACUUAUACCUGAGGUGGGCUUGGGUUUAUACCCCCAGAACUAUGAUACAUAUAUUGAUACAUGCCUACCUACAUAUGCAUGUAUGUAUAUGUAUAUUAUACAAACACACAUACAUAGUAAAAUAUACAAUCAGUUGAUUGGAUCACUAAGUGUUUGGUGACAAGCUGAUGAAUGAAUUGACAAGUAAACAAUGAUAAGAUGUCGGCAAAAUAGAGAUGGUUAUAACCAACUUGUCAUCAACCCAUCUCUAUUUUGCCAGCAUCUCAUUAUAGUUGCUGGCCGACUUGAUUAAAAACACUUUUGAUAAACAAACAGUGAAAUAUUGUUCGACGAUAAAAUUAGACUUACAGAUUGUUAAUUAAUGGAAAACACAACAAUUUGGCAUAAAAAUAAGAUCGACUUAGAAAUUAUUUGACUUUCGUCUUUCCAAUAUACGUUACCUUAGAAUUCCAUCUUUUCUAUAUACAUUACCUUGGAAUUCAGUCAUUCCAAGAUAUUUUAUCUCUGAAAUCCGUCUUUCCGAGAUAAAUUAUCUCGGAAAGAUGUCUUAAUAAGUGUAUAUUCCAUGUUUCCAAAUAAUUAUAUUGGGGAACUCGGAAGGUCACUUUAAGCUUCCAUAGAAAGUAGAAAACAUGAGAUUGCACCGUAGAAAGAUGAGAAACAUGGUUUUUUUUUUUAAUGUGGUUCAAUUUUUGAAUGGUCUUAUUGUAAAAAGUUCAACAGAGCCAUGCGUUUUAAAUAUCAAUAUAACUUCUUAGCAAAAUUAUAAGUACCGUGUGCUUCUUUGCCUAGAUUUCUAAAGGAAUGUCAUUUAAGGUGGGUGUACAUGGUAGUUCUUAGUAUUACCAGGUAUUACUAAGACUAAGCAUCCAUUAUUACGUUGUGAAUUGAAUGAGGUAACUUAAAAAGUAUAAAGGCCUUUGAAUUGUUAUGCUUGUUUUGCAUCUGUAUGUUUCUUUGAACAGACAUUUAACUGUUUGUUUCUUUGAACAGACUAUUAACUGUAUGUUUCUUUGAACAGAGAUGUAGACUGUCUGGAAAACUCUUUCACAAUCAUGUAAAGAAGAUGAAAAUUGCAGCGCUUUUUUUCCAAGCGAUUUUUUUUUUUUCUGAAGACAUUUUAUUAAAAGAACGGAUUCACAAUAAUGAAGAAGAAAAUGUAAAUUGCAGUUAUUUUAAUUAUAUUUAAAAUUAAAUUAUGUGUUCUCAAUGAAAUUUCAAUGAACUUGAAAUAGUUCCAAAAUGUUGCUAUUUUUGUGUCUUGUGUUGUGAAAUAAUGCUUUAUUUUCAUACUAGAUUUAUUCACAAUUUAAAAUUAUUCUCAAAUCUAGAAUUUGUAAUAUUCUGUUCGAUACAGUAAUUCCUGACCACUUUAUAAGAUAUAGUUCACUGAUUAUGUAAUUUACACAAGACAAAUACUGAUUUUUUUUAUGUGUUAUAAAUAUAGUUACUAUUAUUCAAUAUUAUUCUGAUGUUUGUAUAAAAACUAGUCAUAAAAGUAUGGUUUUAUCUAACAAUGUUAGUAAUGAUUGAUAACUGGUGUGGCUGUGAACAACAAACAAGGUCAAAGAUAAAACAUUUAUUUUACGAAGCAGUUUUCAUGGUCUGCUUCAUUCGAUUGAGUUUUGAAUGCCAAUUCAAAAAGUUCUCAAGAAGUCAAACACCGUAUCAAGAACAAAGCAGUAGACAUGCUCUAGUCUAGUAUUAUGUUCUCAUCGAAGUUGGACUUAGUAGAAAAGUGUGGACCUUCAUUCCUGUAUACUGUAUCCUGUACACUUGGGCUAUUAUUAUGUAGUGGUGAUAACAACAUUCUAACGGCUCAUUCAGUUCUGACCAUGAGUUGAGAACUUUGAGAAUGCAAAUACUUUUGUCCAUGUUCUAUACCAUUGAUUGAUAGCAUGGAUCACUAUAGAGAUGAGUCAACAAGAGUAUUUACUGAUAGGCUGAUAUAUCAAUAGUGAUAUGAGUAUGGUACAUCAUACACAGCCACAGUUCAGUGAGCCUCUCCUCAAUGGACAUGCUAUGGAGUCAGUAAGGUAUGUGUUAAUUUGGGUAAUAUUUCUCAAGUAAAUGCAUUUAUUUGUAUACUGUAUAGUCGUUAGUGUAUGAUUUAGCCUGUGAGAGUAUCAAAGGCUAGGGGCUGUUUUGUUAGGUAGACAAAUAGAAUGCUUCAGUGUAUGCUAACCUUGUAGGUGUGCUGGAUGGAGAUUAUGCUAAUCAAUAGACUAUGGAACAACAAUGGUGACAUUUCCCUAUGUGAUCAGACAAUGUAAACACCUACUGUAAAAUUCUAAUAGCCCAAAAUGUUAUCAUUUUACCCCCUCUCAUGUCUAGACUUAUAGUUUGCAAUUGUUAACAGCUUUUUGUACCAGGUCUUGCAGUAGUAAAUAAUUGGAUAUUUAAUUCAAUGUAAGUUAUAUAUUUAAGAUGUAUUUAUUUAAUUUGAUCAAAGAUAUAAAGGAGUGUUUCAGCUUCUAGAUGUUGUAGCGAUUGACACACAAUGGUAUGUGCUAUGCAAUACAGCCAGAUUCCCAAUAAUUGGCGCCCUUUUAAAGAGAUUUUUAGAGUGAAUAUUUUUGGCUUUGAUUGAUUUUUAUUUUGUUUGAGAUCUAAACAUUUUUACAGAGGUUGAAAUUCAAAGCGUGUCACAAUAAAUAUCUUCAGCAGCUUAAUGUUCAAAUGUAGUUCACAGUAAUGUUCUUUUUUCACAAAUGAAAAAUAAAAUACACUUAUUUUAAAAUUGAUUUGAUUUUUUUCUUGUUCUAUCAAACAAAUUAUCACAAUAUUUAUGUUAAUAUUUUUAUCUCGUUAAUCAAUAAAGUCGAAUUGUUACAAUUUUUGAAA